CGCAGCGGCGGCGGGUUCGGGGCUCGGUUCCGGACAGCGGCGGCGCCUCGCCGUGUAGGGAGGGUCCCUGCCUUUUCUGGCGCUCAGGGUCCCCCGAAGUCCCGCGCCUUCGUCUCUGCACUGCAGGGCGCCCGCGCCCGACCCCGGCGGCAGCGUCCUCGGAAGAGCGGCGGGGAGGGGUGAUGGAACCGGAGGCCCCGGCGGGUCGGGCCCCGGCGGCAGCCAGCAAGCUGUCGGAGGCGGUGGGCGCGGCGCUGCAAGACCCCCGGCGGCAGCGGCGUUUGGUGCUGGUCAUCGUGUGCGUGGCGCUGUUCCUGGACAAUAUGCUGUACAUGGUCAUCGUGCCCAUCGUGCCCUACUACGUGCACCCGGCCGGCGAGAAGCCCACCCUGACCUCCAGCCCCACGCCGCCCACUCCGACCAAUGCCAGCGCCGUCACGGGCAACACCUCGGAGCCCCCGACGGCUGAUCUGCCGGCCAAGCCUAUUGUGAAGCCCCGACACCCCAGGGACAACGAGGACGUGAAGAUCGGGGUGCUGUUCGCCUCCAAGGCCAUCCUGCAGCUGCUGGUGAACCCCCUGAGUGGGACCUUCAUCGACCGCAUGAGCUAUGACUUGCCACUGCUUCUGGGCCUGGGCGUGCUGUUCGCCUCUACGGUGAUGUUUGCCUUCGCGGAGGACUACGCGACGCUCUUCGCUGCACGCAGCCUGCAGGGGCUCGGCUCGGCCUUCGCGGAUACGUCUGGCAUCGCCAUGAUUGCAGACAAGUAUCCGGAGGAGCCAGAGCGCAGCCGCGCCCUGGGCCUGGCGCUGGCCUUCAUCAGCUUCGGAAGCCUAGUGGCGCCGCCCUUCGGAGGGUUCCUCCACGAGUUCGCCGGAAAGUCAGCGCCCUUCCUGGUGCUCGCCGCCGUUUCGCUGUUCGACGCCCUAUUGCUGCUGGUGGUGGCCAAGCCCUUCUCGGCCGCGGCGCGGGCGCGAGCCAACUUGCCUGUGGGCACGCCCAUCCACCGCCUCAUGCUGGACCCCUACAUCGCAGUGGUGGCGGGCGCGCUCACCACCUGCAACAUCCCCCUCGCCUUUCUGGAGCCCACCAUCGCCACGUGGAUGGAACGUACGAUGGCAGCAUCCGAGUGGGAGGCAGGCAUAGCCUGGCUGCCGGCCUUCGUGCCGCACGUGCUGGGCGUCUACCUCACCGUGCGACUGGCGGCGCGCUACCCCCACCUGCAGUGGCUGUAUGGCGCCUUUGGGCUGGCGGUGAUCGGCGCCAGCUCGUGCCUGGUGCCCGCCUGCCGCUCCUUCGCACCGCUAGUGAUCUCGCUCUGCGGCCUGUGCUUCGGCAUUGCGCUGGUGGACACCGCGCUGCUGCCCACGCUCGCCUUUCUUGUGGACGUGCGCCACGUCUCGGUCUAUGGCAGCGUCUACGCCAUCGCCGACAUCUCCUACUGCGUGGCCUAUGCGCUUGGGCCCAUCGUGGCGGGCCACAUCGUGCACUCGCUUGGCUUUGCACAGCUUAGCCUUGGCAUGGGCCUGGCCAACCUGCUCUAUGCGCCCGUCCUGCUGCUGCUGCGCAACGUGGGCCUCCUGAAGCGCUCCCGCUCGGAGAGGGACGUGCUGCUGGACGAGCCGCCGCAGGGUCUGUAUGACGCUGUGCGCCUGCGGGAGCGCCCCAUGUCCGACCGGGGCGCCGCACCUCGCAGCCCGCCCGGCCCCUUGGACGCCUGCGAGGAGGGCGACUACGACUACUACACCCGCAGCUAG